AUAUUCACACAAACAAACACGCACGCUCACACACUCACUCACACACUUCCGUUUCCGCCGGAAGCCCCUCCCUGUUAGCCUGUUAGCUGCAGCCGGACGACCGGAGGGAAGAACCCGUGAAACCGCGCAGAGAGCCCGGAGCAGCGGAGGGAAUGAGCCGGGCGGAGGACGGCAGAGCAGCGCGGUGACCGGACACAGGCCCGCAGAGCCGCGGCCGAGGGGAGCACUGCGCGGAGGAGACGGGGGGAAACACCGACGCUGAUCCUCGACUCUCCGCCUGCUUCCGGUUCUGUUCCUCCCGAGCACCGUGAGCCUAUGACCAUGACAUCACCCCCCGCUCGCCCUCGCUGUUAGAGAGAGAAAGUGUGUGUGUCUGUGUGUGUGUGUGUGUGUGUGUGUGUGUGUGUGUGUGUGUGAGAGAGAGAGAGAGAGAGAGAGUGUGAUCCAGGAUGGGGUUCGGUCGGGAUUUAAGGAAUUCCCACGAGGGAUUAUUGAAGCUGCAGGACUGGGAGUUAAAGCUGCUGGAGACGGUGAAGCGCUUUCUGACCCUGCGCGUGAAGAGCGAUAAGGAGUACGCAGCUCUGCUGCUCAGCAUGACUCAGCAAACAGAGAAACAGGAAGCUGCUGAUUACGUUAGCACCGUGAGCAAGUCCUGGUCUCAGGUGAUCCGGCAGACGGAGGCCUUGGGUCGGGUCAUGAGGAGUCACGCUGAUGAUCUGAACUCGGGUCCUCUGCACCGUUUGGCCACUUUGAUCCGAGACAAGCAGCAGGUGAAGAAGAGCUACCAGAGUCUUCAUCAGCAGCUCGAGAGCCACAACCACAAGGUAACCAGGACUGACCUGGACAAGCUGAAGGCGACGUAUCGUCAGCUGAGCCGCGACGCCAACAACGCCAGAGACAAAUACCGGGAGGCGCAGACCAAAGGCCGGGAAACGGAGCGCGCCCGCGAGCGCUACGACAAAGCCACGGCGAAGCUGCACAACCUCCACAACCAGUACGUGGUGGCGCUGUGCGGCGCCCGCACGCAGCAGGACCAGCACCGGCGCCACGCCGGGCCGGCGCUGCUCGACGCGCUGCAGCGGAUGCAGGAGGACAUGACGCUCGCCCUUAAGAGCAUCCUGGAGGAGUACUGUGAGAUCAGCAGCCUCCUGACGGAGGAGAUCGUCACCGUCCACCAGGAGGUGUCUGCGGCGGUGCAGCAGGUCGACCCGCUGGCCGAGUACCAACACUUCAUCGACGCCUACCGGUCUCCGGAGACCCAGGAGGCGAGCGUGGAGUUCGACGCGUCGCUGUCGGAGGAGACGGACAACCUGCCGGCCAAUGAGAUCCUCUGGAACACGCUGACGGCCGACAGCCUGCAAGUCAUGCUGGCGUCGGCGUCGGAGGAGCUGUCGCUGACUCAGCAGAAUCUGAGGACGAAGGAGGCGCUGGCUGACGACCUCGACACCAAAAUCCAGACGAGUCAGCGGAGCGCCGAGCGGAAGAGCGACUGCGUCCUGCUGCUCAGUCAGAAGCUCUCAGUCCUCGAGCUCCACCACGCCGUCCAAUCGCUGCGCAGCUCCGAGGCCCGCCUCGCCUCCCAGAAGGCCUUGCUGGACGCCAAGAUGGCCGCCGCCGCCUCCCCGCCCCCGCCGCCGGCUCCCCCCACGAUGCCCUACGAGGACGACGCCCGCUCCGUGGGCUCCACGGACAAAACGAAGGAGAAGAGCUCUCGCUUCGACACGCUGCGCUAUUCUCUGGCCGGAAUGAUCCGGACCCCGAAAGCCAUGCUGGGCUCCUCCUCCUCGCAGUUCUUUGACGUCAUCCCGCUGGCGGAGCGCCCCCUGGCGGACCAGGAGUGGUACCACGGCGCCAUCCCGCGGACCGAAGCCCAGGAGCUGCUGCGGCUGCAGGGAGACUUCCUGGUGAGGGAGAGCCACGGCAAGCCGGGGGAGUACGUCCUGUCUGUGUUCUCUGCUGAGCAGAGGAGGCACUUCAUCAUCCAGUACGCUGAGAGUCAGUACCGUUUCGAGGGCACAGGGUUCUCCACCAUCCCUCAGCUCAUCGAGCAUCAUUUCACCUCCAAGCAGCUGAUCACCAAGAAGUCUGGAGUGGUACUGCUGAACCCCGUCGUCAAGGAUAAGAAGUGGAUCCUGAACCACGAGGACGUGGUGCUGGGGGAGCUGCUGGGGAAGGGUAACUUCGGCGAGGUGUUCAUCGGGACGUUGCAGCGAGACAAAACGCCGGUCGCCGUCAAAACGUGUAAAGAAGAUUUACCUCCAGAGCUGAAGAUCAGGUUCCUGUCUGAGGCCAGGAUCCUGAAGCAGUACGACCAUCCCAACAUCGUGAAGCUGAUCGGCGUCUGCACGCAGCGACAGCCCAUCUACAUCGUCAUGGAGCUGGUUCCCGGUGGAGACUUCCUGUCCUUCCUGAGGAAGAAGAAGGACGACUUGAAGACGAAGCAGUUGGUCCGCUUCUCGGUGGACGCCGCAGCCGGCAUGGCGUACCUGGAGAGCAAGAACUGUAUCCACAGGGACCUGGCAGCGAGGAACUGUCUGGUGGGAGAAGGCAGCGUGUUGAAGAUCAGUGACUUUGGGAUGAGUCGGCAGGAGGACGACGGGAUCUAUUCUUCUUCCGGACUCAAGCAGAUCCCCAUCAAAUGGACGGCGCCGGAGGCCCUGAACUAUGGUCGUUACAGCUCUGACAGCGACGUGUGGAGUUACGGGAUCCUGCUGUGGGAGACCUUCAGUCUGGGGGUGUGUCCUUAUCCUGGGAUGACCAAUCAGCAGGCCCGAGAGCAGGUGGAGAAAGGUUACCGGAUGUCCUGUCCUAAGUGUUGCCCUGACGACGUGUACAAGGUGAUGCAGCGCUGCUGGCUCUACAGCCCGGAGGACCGGCCCAAGUUCUCCGAGCUGCAGCGCGACCUCGCCGCCCUCAAGAAGAAGUGAUGACGUCAUCGCACGACCUCGCUGCCAUCAGGAAGUGAUCACGACCUCGCUGCCAUGAAGAAGUGAUGACAUCAUCGCAAGUUUUUCCCGCCUGCAAGAAGAAGUGAUGACAUCGCACGACCUCACCGCCAUCAAGAAGUGAUGACAUCAAAGAUCUCACCACCCUCAAGAAGAAGUGAUGACGUCAGAGUUUCAGCAAAGAAGAGUUUGUUUUGUUUUUUCAGGUGGGCGUGGUCAUCAUGUGGGCGUGGUCAUCAUGUGGGCGUCUCUUUUGGUAAAAGCAGAAACCGUUGAGCUUUUUGAGAACAAACAUCUUUUAGCUGCUGGUGAACUCAUUUCAGUUAAAACACGACGUUAGCAUGGAUGUAGCACGCAAUGUUAGCAUGGAUGUGGCUCGCUAUGUUAGCAUGGAUGUGGCUCGCUAUGUUAGCAUCUUGCCCGAAAAAACUCUUGUUGGUCAGAUUUAGCUGAGCAUGACUGGAGUGGGGUUGAUAGCAUGUUAGCACGUUGUUAGCAUGUGCAGAUGAGUUAUUUUCUUCUUCUGCUAUUAACAGUUUUUAACAUUUGAGUAUCAAAUUUUAAGAAACAUUUAUUUGGGAGAAUUAAAUUUUGAAGCUUCUCAAAUUCAUUGGUUAGCACGCUAGCAGUGAUGCUAGCUUGGCCUGGUCACAUGACCCUCAGGCGUCAAACUGCUCAAAUAAAUACAAAUAACUUUUAAACGUUACAUGAAACCAGAUUUUAUUUUGAAAAAUCUGUUUCCUGUGAGUUUUAAAACGUUCUACAGUUAAAAGACUUUUUACAAAAUAAGCUAAAACUUAAACAAUCAGUCAACAGGUGGUCAGACUUUAACACACCCCUCACUACCGUAACCGUGGCAACAGCGUGAACACUAAAACAAUCGCUUAACACUAAACAGUUUGUUUUGUUUUUACAGUUUCUGUUUUUAUAUAUUAUGUUUUUAUGAUAUAUUUUAGGACAACUCUACUGUCUAAAAAUACAAAUAACAAACUGACCUUUUAUUUUUUAAACCGCUCUAGCGUCACUCUGACCACGCCCACUCUGGCCUGUUCGUAUUUGUUUUUAGGAAAUGUUUUUGACCAAUCAGUGAUUAAGUUUUUUUUGUUGACGGCUGGAAAAGAAAUUGUCUCUGAAAUGUAAAAAAAAAUGUUUUAGUUGUUUAUUUAAGCUUUUUAAUUGUUAUCAUUUUAUUGUGAAAUUUUUUUACAAUUAUUUCUCAGCCAAAGUGAAACACAUCGUCUCCAAAACAAUUCUUAAGAACAAACUAUGUAUAAAAUUAUUUUAAAGAUCAUCAGCACUUAAUGUUUCCUGGUUGUCAUGAAAACUGAAAUGUUUAAAUGUUUUUAAAAGAAAGUUUAAUAUAAAUAUGUAUAUCCUACAAAAAGAAAGACGUGUAUCUGUAAAUGAAUCGUGAGUCCUGAUUGGUCAGAAUCACUUUCUGGACUGUGGGCGGAGCUUAAAUGUGAGCGACUGUAAAUACCUUCAAGAUGUUUUUUAACACUAACCGUGUCUUUUAUAUUUGUUUCUUUAUAAAAAUAUCGUAGCAUUUAUUAUGAAAAUAAAACAAAUCAUACGAACAAA